AUGGACGACUUAUCACUGGCCGCGAUCCUGGAACUGGACGCCAGCGCCGUGUUCCUGCUCUGCGCCACAGUCCUGGCUUUUCUGGUGCCCGUCGUCAUCAUCCUGCCGCCCGUCCGGCCCAGCAAGAGCGACGCGCUGCUGCAGACACACUCUCUCGCCGCCGUUGCGCCGGCCAGGAGCGGCUUGCGGACACAGUACUCGGAAACGGCCCACUCAGCCGCCGCCGACGGCAACCAGCAGCGGACGCCCACCGUCCAGGCCCUCGUCGUCUACCCCAUCAAGUCGUGCCGCGGCGUCGAGGUGACCAAGGCGCGGGUCCUGCCCCAGGGACUGCAGUUUGACCGUCUCUUUACCUUUGCCCAGCUCAAGUCGCAGUUCCCCGUCCCCGUGGACGAGGUGGAUGGUCAUGAUGACGACGAGGAAAAGGAAAAGGCCCGGCACACGUGGACUUUCAUCACGCAGCGCCAGUUCGCCCGCCUCGCCACCGUCGAGGUCGAGCUCUGGCUCCCCGACGAGAUGAAGCUGCGCAAGCAGAGCAUUGCCCAGACGAGCGAGGCGUUCCUGAUCCUGCGCUUCCCCUGGCGAGCGCGCGGCUUCUGGCGCGGGCUCGUGGACACGCUCUCGGCCAAGCUGACCAAGGGCCUGCUGCGCGGCCAGCCCGAGAUCGAGGUGCUGCUGCCCGUCGACUUCCCCUCGGCCGAGGCGGCAAAGGCCCGCGGCUACACGUACGAGGACGUGACGGUCUGGGGCGACCGUGUCACGGCCCUCAACCUGGCCUCUGAGCUGCCCGAGGAGCUGAGGCUCUACCUCGGCGUCAGCAACAAGCUGGGCCUCUUCCGCAUCGACCCCGCGCAUCUGCGCGAGAACAACCACGGAAACGCCCCCAAACGGGACGACCUUGGCUGGCAGCCCGUGUCGGCUUUCCAGGAUGGGUACCCCCUUCAUAUUCAGAACAUCUCCAGCGUCCAGGCCUUUAGCAAGGAAGUUCCAAAGGACCAGGAUCUAAAACAGCUGAGCGUCAUGCGAUUCCGUCCGAAUAUUAUAGUAUCCGGCGCACCCGUCUAUGACGAAGACACAUGGCAACAGAUCCGUCUAGAAUCAGGCAGUUCAGGCCUCUACCGCUCUGUGCAGCUCGAUAUAUCGUGCCGCACGACGCGGUGUAGGCUCCCCAACGUGGAUCCGGACACGGGAGACCGUCACCCCCGCCAGCCUGACAAGUCUCUCCGCGCCCUUCGCAACGUAGACCCCGGCGCCCCCAAGAAUGGGUGUCUGGGCGUGCAGGCGUGUCCAUUAUUCGCGGACGCCGUGGAUGAAGAGGAUAGGGAGGGCUGGAUCGGAGUUGGGAUGGAGGUCCAGGUGGAAAAACGGGGUGACCACUUUUAUCAGGAUUAA